GACUUCGGCACCACAGAGAAAGAAAGGACGUGACGUACUGCCGUUGAUGUAAAAUGGCGACGAUCGUGUGUUAGUCAAAACACUACGGACUUACCGUUUUUACGAAGGAAGCAUAAAUCGUUAUCUUAUUGGUUGGAUCCUAGAAAGAAAGCCUAAUGGCGGAUUCAGUCAUGACCGAGCACACUAACCCCAGUUCGGAGGGGAUCGUGGGCCUGGAUGAGCCCAAGAAGAUGACGAGGGAGGACUGGAGGAAGAAGAAGGAGCUGGAGGAGCAGAGGAAGCUGGGAAACGCUCCAGCUGAGGUGGAUGAGGAGGGGAAGGACAUAAACCCUCACAUCCCACAAUAUAUUUCAUCAGUGCCCUGGUACAUUGACCCAUCCAAAAGGCCCACACUGAAGCAUCAGAGGCCACAGACCGAAAAUAACAAACAAUAUACAGCAAUCGGAGAGUGGUACAAGAGAGGAGUGCAAGAGAAUUCUGUCUCCACCAAAUUUCGCAAGGGAGCUUGUGAAAAUUGCGGUGCCAUAACACACAAGAAAAAGGACUGCUUGGAGCGGCCCAGAAAAGUUGGGGCAAAGUACACAGGCACAGGCAUAGCUCCAGAUGAACACGCUCAGGUACAGCUUGAUUUGGAUUAUGAUGGGAAGCGGGACCGCUGGAACGGCUAUGACCCCGAGGAACACCAGCGCAUCGUGGAGGAGUAUGCCAAAGUAGACUUGGCCAAAAGGACACUGAAGGCACAGAAGCUUCAGGACGAGUUGGCCUCUGGAAAACUGGACCAAACUGAGCGGGAACACGACAGCGAGGAUGAGGAUGAAGACAAAUAUGCCGAUGACAUUGAUAUGCCUGGUCAGAACUUUGACUCCAAAAGACGGAUCACUGUCAGGAAUCUGCGUAUCAGAGAAGACACAGCUAAAUACUUGAGGAAUUUGGAUCCAAACUCGGCAUACUACGAUCCAAAGACUCGAGCUAUGAGAGAGAAUCCGUACUCCAACACUGGCAUGAACCCUGACGAAGUGGGGUACGCUGGAGACAACUUUGCUCGCUAUACUGGGGACACAAUCACCAUGGCCCAAACACAGCUGUUUGCCUGGGAGGCCUAUGAGAGAGGCUCUGAGGUGCAUCUACAGGCGGAUCCCACCAAGCUGGAGCUCCUCCAUAAGUCCUUCAAGGUCAAGAAGGAGGACUUCAAAGAGACACAGAGGCAUAGCAUCUUAGAGAAGUAUGGAGGUGAAGAACACUUGAAUGCACCGCAGCGGGAGCUGCUUUUGGCCCAGACAGAGGACUAUGUGGAGUACUCCCGUCAUGGUGCUGUGCUGAAGGGGCUUGAGAAGGCCGUGGCUCGCUCCAAAUAUGAGGAGGAUGUGCUUAUCAACAACCACACUUGUAUUUGGGGCUCCUACUGGAAAGAUGGCUUCUGGGGAUACAAGUGUUGUCACUCCAUGGUCAAACAGAGUUACUGCACAGGAGAGACUGGAAUUACAAUAAACAACUCGGACUGUGUCCCAUUUGAAGAGGGACUGACCGAGCCCCAGGAGGAAGAACCGCCCAAGUCUCUGUUAGAAAUGCAUCGAGAUAAGAUGGUGAAAGAGAAGAAGAAGAAAAAGAAGAGCAAAAAGAACAAGAAGCACGGCUCCGACAGCAGUGAUUCAGAGAGUGAAGAGAAGAAGAAGGAGAAGCUGAAGAAGGCGCUGGAAGCAGAGGAUAAGCGGGUGAAACAAAUAGAGGCAAUAAUGCAGAUAGAUGAAAGGAAGAGGCCUUAUAACAGCUUGCAGGAAGUAAAGGCACCCACUGAGGAGGAGAUGGAGGCCUUCCGCAUGAAACGCUGCCGGCCAGAUGAUCCCAUGGCUUCCUUCCUGGGGCAGUGACUUCUUCUUAAUCCCCACAAACUUUCCUAAACCCUCUCCAAGGACUCCAGACUCUACCAGAGUCACUGCUCGGUGGAACAAAAUGUCUGAUAAAACUCAAGUUUUGUCUUGUACACUUGGAACAGGAGGCGUCUGUUUGACUUCUGAACAAGACAGAAAACUGUGUACAGUGUUUUGUUCAUUUCAUUUUGGACACUUGUUUUUGACGGCACGUAAUGGCACAUUGGACAAUAGUGGUGUGUUGUUUUGUAUGCCCCUUCAGUUGUAACAGUAAUCUGAGGAAAAUUACUAGCUUCGGAUUAAUCUGUCAUUUUUAGAAUAAAAUGUGCUGUGCAUUUGUUUUAUUUUUUUGUGCUGUGUAAAAAGUUCAUUUUUGACUUGAACUUCACUGCAAAUCUGCUACUGUUAGCCAAAAGUUGUAUUUUUAGCACAUUAAAUUGGCCAUAUGAAAUAUC